GGCAGUGAAGCAUCCAGCUAUUAAUGCUGGAUUGGAGGUCAGGAGUGGCUUUUGGGGAACGAGGACCCUUUGGAUGGACUAAGCCAGGAGCGUGCCUUCCUCUGUCACCCUCCCUCGCCUCCUCUCUCGUGCAUGCCCAGGGUGUCCGCCGGGGUCUUUUUUUUCUUCCUGCCAAGGGGUGGAUGGUCUGGAAGCAGUAUGACAGGACACACUGCAGGAAGCUGUGAGAAUUGCUGAAGAUGUCCGAAAGCCUCGAUACUGAAGAAAAGCCUCCUGCUCCUCCGUUGAGAAUGAACAGCAACAACCGCGAUUCUUCGACCCUCAACCACAGCUCCAAACCGCUUCCCAUGGCUCCCGAAGAGAAGAACAGGAAAGCUCGUCUGCGUUCCAUCUUCCCGGGAGGGGAUAAAACCAAUAAGAAGAAAGAGAAAGAACGUCCUGAAAUUUCUCUCCCUUCAGACUUCGAGCACACAAUCCAUGUUGGGUUUGAUGCUGUCACGGGGGAAUUCACAGGCAUUCCUGAACAGUGGGCCAGGCUAUUGCAGACUUCCAAUAUUACCAAACUGGAACAGAAGAAAAACCCUCAAGCUGUUCUGGAUGUUCUCAAAUUCUACGAUUCCAAAGAGACGGUCAACAACCAGAAAUAUAUGAGUUUUACAUCAGGAGAUAAGAGUGCCCAUGGAUAUAUUGCAGCCCAUCCUUCGAGCACAAAAACAGCUUCAGAACCACCACUGGCUCCCCCAGUUUCUGAAGAAGAGGACGAAGAAGAUGAAGAGGAAGAGGACGACAAUGAACCGCCUCCUGUUAUUGCCCCACGGCCAGAGCAUACUAAAUCAAUUUACACGCGUUCUGUGAUCGAACCUGUCGCUUCACCAGCCUCAGUGAAAGAAUCAACAGCUCCUCAGCCUGAAAAUUCCAACACAAGCACUUUGUAUAGAAACACAGAUCGGCAACGGAAGAAAUCCAAGAUGACCGACGAAGAGAUCCUAGAGAAAUUAAGAAGUAUUGUGAGUGUUGGAGACCCGAAGAAGAAAUACACACGGUUUGAAAAAAUUGGCCAAGGGGCUUCGGGUACUGUUUAUACAGCGAUAGACAUUGCUACAGGGCAGGAGGUGGCAAUAAAACAAAUGAAUCUCCAGCAGCAACCCAAAAAGGAAUUAAUAAUCAAUGAAAUUCUGGUCAUGAGGGAAAAUAAGAAUUCCAACAUUGUGAACUAUUUAGAUAGUUACCUUGUUGGGGAUGAACUUUGGGUUGUAAUGGAAUACUUGGCUGGGGGUUCGUUGACCGAUGUGGUUACAGAAACAUGCAUGGAUGAAGGACAGAUUGCAGCUGUCUGCAGGGAGUGCCUGCAAGCAUUGGAUUUCUUGCAUUCAAACCAAGUGAUUCAUAGAGACAUCAAGAGUGACAACAUCCUUCUUGGGAUGGACGGAUCUGUGAAACUCACUGAUUUUGGCUUCUGUGCUCAGAUAACUCCCGAACAGAGUAAGCGGAGUACAAUGGUGGGGACUCCUUACUGGAUGGCUCCUGAAGUGGUCACGAGGAAAGCUUAUGGCCCCAAAGUGGACAUUUGGUCUUUAGGAAUCAUGGCAAUAGAAAUGGUAGAAGGAGAACCUCCAUAUCUCAAUGAAAAUCCUCUCAGGGCCUUGUACUUGAUAGCCACCAAUGGGACUCCAGAGCUCCAGAAUCCAGAAAGACUUUCUGUUGUUUUCCGGGACUUUUUGAACCGCUGCCUUGAGAUGGAUGUUGACAGGCGAGGGUCUGCAAAAGAACUGUUGCAGCACCCGUUUUUAAAACUGGCCAAGCCGUUGUCCAGCCUGACUCCCCUGAUUAUUGCUGCAAAGGAGGCUAUAAAGAACAGUAGCCGUUAGUCUGUCAAAUAGCACAGCCCCUUUCUUUUUCUGGCAGGACUUAACACCAGACCAACAAACUCUGUCACACCUUGGACUUUCCUGCUGCCGGACGGGCAGGCAAUGAGCGACGCUGUCACUGUCAACAGGGGAAGGGAAGUGGGGAUGACCUGCCCUGCUGCCCUAGAGGAGAAACCGAUCACAUCUCUUCUUUCCACUCUCAGAUCCCUUAAUUUAUUGCUAAGGUGAAUGGAAGCUUUCCAAGGAGAGGCUAGAUUGGAAGUCUCUUUUGCUCUAUGGGGCGUUUCCAGGGGACCACAGCACUGCAUGACUCAACUCACUGGGACAGGAGUGGUGACCCCAACUGGCUCUUCUUUCUUUUCUGUUUGGCUUUCAAAAAUAGAAGAAUGGUCGUCUUUCCGCUCCACCUGCCAGGAAGAAUCCAAACUGUUCACUAGCUACUGGUCAGCUGGCUUGUCCUAAGAGGAGGAGAAUCACGAAGGAAGGCUUGCUUUAUUUAACCAAAAAAAGAAAAAGAAAAAGAAAAGAAAAAGAAAAUAAUAAUAACAGUGAUGAUGAUGAUGAUGAUGAUGGUGAUGAUGAUGAUGACAAUAAAUCGAGAAGUAAAUCAAUCACAGCAUCCUCUUGUGGGGGUUACGCUUUGGAAUAGGUGGUACAGAUAGCAUUGCAUUCCUGAGAG